ACAUCAAUUAAAUUCCAUUACUUUAUGUGCACCCAUCAAGGGUGAUACAUGCUGUUCGAAGAGCUCCAUGGUUACUUCAUGCCAACAAAUGAUGCGCGAGUCAUGUUUUAUGAUCUGUAGCAGCAACUUGCAGUUUUAAACUUAAACUCAGCACGGACGGUUAGUGGAUUUCGCACUCGUUGCAAAAAAUAAAGACUACGUCAGAACUACGUUCAGAAAAGAAGCUUUCGCAGUCACGCUCAUGUUAAUACUGAAGUGCUUAUUACUGACAAUAAAACACUUACAUAAUUGAUAAUAGGACUAACAAUUUUCAAGCAAUUAUUUCAUAAAACUUCGAUCAUGUUCAGUCUGUCAUCGAAAUUCCAAGAACAAGUUAAGAAUAAGAAGAAAAGAAAGAAUUGCUGGCUAUUCCAUGCCACGGAUUUUCAAUCCUUAAUGAAUCCUUGUUUCGCUUUUUGUCGCAUUCUCGGAAUAUUCCCGUACAAGAUCAACGGCUCAUCCUUCGAAACUUCUAAACCAUGCUACUUUCUAUCAGCUAUAGUUAUGUGUGUCUUCUGCUUUUGUGCUCUGAUAAUAAUAAUGGAUAUUGCUAAAUUCAAUGUCCAAAACGUACGCAGAACCAUUGAACUUUACUCCUUUUACAUUUUCGGUAGUUUUAUAACGGUCGUCACGUAUAUUUUGAACAGUCCACGAGUGCGCUUGCUUCAGACCAUACUGAAGAACUCUUCAAAACUUCCUUCGAAGACGUAUCAGGAACAAUCUGUGAUGAUCCACGUCAAGGACAUUGUCGGUUUCUUUUUUUUACUCGUGUAUUCGUUAAUCUGUUAUUACAGAGCGCAACACUCUAUCUUGAUCAAGGUGUCUUCAUUAUACAUUAUUCUAGUACUGUUUCAGAUGAAUAUGCUGUACAUAAAUUGCGUUUGCGUAUUAAAAGCUUGUUUCAAGAAAAUCGACUUCGAUUUGGCACAUUUACUCAUAACAAACGAUGAACCGCAUUUAGUCAAGUGGAUCUAUCGUGAGCAGAAAAACCCUUUGUUACUGAUGGAGCUCAAGGCCCUGAAGAAGCAGUAUUUGAUGGUUAGCGAUUCAGUGCAGGUGCUGAAUAUAAUUUUCAGUCCGCAGCUCCUCGCAACCAUUGCUAUAGCCUUCACCGAGAUUACUUUCGAGCUAUAUUUCAAUAUAGUGCAGUGGCAAAAUGGGUUGUCUAUCAGGUGGAAGCAGACUGAUUUCAUAUACACAAUGAUCUACGUUAUGUAUUAUCUUAUGAAAAUAGCAUUGAUUGCAUGGGCCUGCGAAACCGGCAAAAAUGAAGCCAUAAAGAUUAGCACUACUGUUCACGAUGUGCUUAAUAGCACCAGCGACGAACAAAUCAAACAUGAGUUGCAGCUGUUUUCUUUACAAAUAAUGCAUUGUAAUAAAAAAUUCUCUGCGAAGGGUCUUACUCUGGGCGCGACGCUUGUUACAACAAUAAUAAGCACUAUCGCUACAUAUUUUUUAAUUUUAAUGCAAUUCUUGAUUGCGUCGCAUUCCUGUGAGGGAAGGAUUAUAAUCAACGUUACACGAGCGCAACCUAAAAAUUAGCAAAUAAAGCAAAUAUCCAAUAAAAUUUACAAAUAAUCUUAUAAAAAAAAACCGUACGCAUCUCUAUCAUGAUACUUCAUUCCUUGUUUUAUGGAGCAAUUCUGACAUUACCGAAUAUUUGCCGCCACAACGAAUAUUUUCAUAGACACUUGACACAGAAUCGAAGAAUUGAUGUUUCUGCUCAUUAGAAAAGUGAAGACUAGCCCGCAUAUUAUGGGCUUGCACUCGGGAUAGGAUCGGAUUGAUAUAAUAGUCACAGUGAAAGCAACGUAUACAAUAUUUGCUCGUUCUUUAGUGAAACUUUAUCGUCUUCUGAUAGAGCAAGCAAAAAAAGAUAUGCUUAAAUGAUCAUUCAUUUUUCGUCAAACACGUGUGGAAGAGAUGUUCGGGAAGCAGUUACUUUCUCUCAAAGCAAAUAUGGAAAUCAAUUUUUGCGUUUACAGUGUAGGCCAACAGUUCUUCUUUCUACACACGGUUCUUCAGAAGCUUGGUAUUUCUUUAAACGCCAAAGCCCCAGCUAAGGAGCAAUAGUUUUAUUAGCGUUUUCAUGGAUCUACAGUUUGCGAAAUUAAAAUUUGAUUCUUAAUUUAUCAAAGAACCCAAAAUCAAUGACGAUCUGGAGAACCUGCUUGUAUUGAUCAACGAACCACAUUUAUUCAGACGGUUCUAUCACGAACAGAG